AUGUACAACGCAUCGUCCUCCGAGCCUGAGCUGGCCAACGCGUCUGACCCUGGCCCCACUCCAGGCUGCCCCAACACGUCUAGCCUGCCGCCGCUGCCACCGCCGUUGCCGCCGCCGUUGGCAGUGGCGGUGCCGGUAGUGUACACGUUGAUCUGUGCUGUGGGGCUGGCGGGCAACUCCGCAGUGCUGUUUGUGCUGUUGCGGGCGCCGCGACGGAGGACCGUCACCAAUCUGUUCAUCCUCAACCUGGCCAUCGCAGACGAGCUCUUUACGCUUGUGCUGCCCAUCAACAUUGCUGAUUUCCUGCUGAGCCAGUGGCCUUUCGGGGAGCUCAUGUGCAAGCUGAUCGUGGCCAUCGACCAAUAUAACACCUUCUCUAGCCUUUACUUCCUCACGGUCAUGAGCGCUGACCGUUACCUAGUGGUGCUAGCCACCGCCAAAUCUCGCCGCGUAGCCCGCCGCUCUUAUGGCUCUGCGCGCGUCGUGAGUCUGGCGGUGUGGGUCUUUGUCACUCUCGUCGUGCUGCCCUUCGCAGUGUUCGCACGAAUAGAUAACGAACAGGGACGGCGUCAGUGCGUGCUGAUCUUCCCACAACCCGAGGCCUGGUGGUGGCGCGCUAGCCGCCUCUACACGCUGGUACUGGGCUUUGCCCUCCCAGUGACCGCCAUCUGCGCCCUCUACACCUCCCUGUUGUGCCGGCUGCGCUCCAUGCGUCUGGACAGCCAUGCCAAGGCCUUGGACCGUGCAAAGAAGCGGGUGACCAUACUGGUGGUGGCUAUCCUGGCCGUGUGCCUACUCUGUUGGACUCCCUACCACUUGAGCACCGUGGUGGCGCUUACCACCGACCUCCCACAGACACCACUCAUCGUUGCAAUGUCCUACUUCAUCACUAGCCUGAGCUAUGCCAAUAGUUGCCUCAACCCUUUCCUCUACGCCUUUCUAGACGACAACUUCCGCAGAAGCCUCAACCAGCUGUUGGCGUGCCGCACAGCGUCCUGA